AACAACUCCUCCCGCCCUGACCCCUUUUGAGAUUUUCCUUGCCGCUUGACGAAACCUGUCUGGUUUGCCUGCAGGCCUUGCAGAUAUGACGCACUUGGAUGCAUGUUGAAUCUUGCAAAAAGAGAAGACGGGCCUUGAUUACAUUUACAAGUGAAACGUAGACGGGGUCAGGAAAGUGCAGGGGUUGUUACAAGUGAUGGCGCCAGUCCGCCAACAUACACGACCCUCAAGGGAAUGGGCUUGGUCAGCACCGCUUUCUCCGCCGAGGCGCUCCUCAAGCUGCGCUACGGCAACCUGGGCAUCUGUCACACGCGCUAUUCCACCACCGGCAUGUCGGAGCUGCAGAACUGCCAGCCCUUUGUGGUGGACACGCUGCACGGCCAGAUAGCGGUGGCGCACAACGGGGAGCUGGUCAACGCGCACGCCCUGCGGAAAAAGGUGAUGCGUCACGGCGUAGGCCUCUCCACCAGCUCGGAUAGCGAGCUCAUCACCCAGCUGCUGGCCUUUACGCCGCCCACGGAGGAGCUGGACGCGCCCAACUGGGUCGCCAGGAUUAAGAAUCUGAUGACGGAGACGCCGACGUCGUACUCGCUGUUGGUGAUGUUCAAAGACGUCAUUUACGCCGUGCGGGACCCUUACGGGAACAGACCCCUCUGCAUCGGGCGCGUCGUUCCCGUCUCCAAACUGCACAAAUCAGGUGGCGGGGAGUCGGACACCGAGGGCUGGGUCGUGUCCUCGGAGUCGUGCAGCUUCCAGUCCAUCGGCGCCAAGUAUUACAGGGAGGUCCUCCCGGGAGAGAUUGUCCAGAUAUCCCGACACGGUGUGAAGUCUUUGAGUGUGGUGCCACGUCGCGAGGGGGACCUCCCCGCCUUCUGCAUAUUUGAAUAUGUUUACUUUGCCAGACCUGACUCCAUUUUUGAAGGGCAGAUGGUCUAUACCGUCAGACAGCGUUGCGGCCGACAAUUGGCCAUCGAGGCGCCGACGGACGCCGACGUGGUCAGCACCGUGCCGGAGUCGGCUACGCCCGCCGCGCUGGGUUACGCUCAGCAGUCUGGCCUCCCCUACAUCGAAGUUUUGUGCAAGAACCGCUACGUGGGGAGAACCUUCAUCCAGCCCAACACCCGCCUGAGGCAGCUGGGCGUUGCCAAAAAGUUUGGCGCCCUGACGGACAACUUUGCGGGCAAGCGGGUCGUGUUGAUUGACGACUCGAUCGUCAGGGGCAACACCAUCUCGCCCAUCAUUAAACUCCUGAAGGAGGCGGGCGCCACAGAGGUCCACAUCAGAGUUGCUUCUCCUCCCAUCAAGUUCCCGUGUUACAUGGGCAUCAACAUUCCCACGAAAGAGGAACUCAUCGCCAACAAGCCCGAGUUCCAGGACAUCGCCGGAUACAUCGGUGCCGACAGCGUGCAGUACCUGACGGUAGAAGGCCUGGUGACGGCGGUCCAAAAAGGGAUCGCGUCCACGCAGGGCGACAAAAUGAUCGACUCCACUUACAAGUCGGGCGGCAGCGUCGGCCACUGCACCGCAUGUCUGACUGGAAAGUACCCAGUGGAACUGGAGUGGUGACCUGCCAUCUAACAGUCAAAACCUUACACGUUACAGCAGCGGAGUGCCUCGACUGAACUCUCGUAGUUGAUGAAUCUGUUAUGUAAAUAUAUUCCAUUACAACACUUCAGUUCAGCCAAUUUUAUAUGACCGUAUUUGUUACAUUAAAAAAAAAUAUAUUAAUACGCACAAACCACCGACCAAAGAUUUAGUUUGUGUUUUUUUUCUUAAAUAAGAACACUUGAGUUUUGUACUAAUAGCGAGCGACUGUGUACAGUGUCGCGGUGGUCCUGAAUAUGCGAUAUUAACAUGCGGUUUUCUUUCGCUGGAAAAUAAACAUUGACUGAAUUCAC